AUGGAUUAGCCAAGAUAACCUUUUGAAAAUUAAAAAUUUAACCUUCUAUGGGAAAAACUUUAAAUAAGAAAAUAGAAUAAAGUCAUUUUUUACUAUCCUUCAAAGAAUAAUCAAAAUUAGGUUUAGAAAUCUAAUAUGGGUGAAUAUGAAAAAAUAAUAAGCUAGACUCAUAAAUACAAUGAAUUAUCAGAAGAAUUAUUUUGGGGAAAUCAAUCAGAUACUAUAGAUGUACUUAUUUUCAAUUAAGAUAUUGAUGAUAAUCCUGAAAUUGCAUUCAAAAUGUUGGCAAAAAAUCAUGUUAUUUCUUACUAUUAUAAUGUUAGAUUGUCCUUUGAAGAGUUGUUUUUCAAGCACGUCUAAAUAAUCUUGAUUUCUCCAAAAAAUAAUAUAAUCUAUAAUUUUGAGAAUAAAAAAAUUAUUUCUACUUAUUCAUCUCCUUAUCUUUAAAAAUUGGUGAAUAUAUUCAUUAAAGAUUAAUAACUUAGAGAUUAAUAUAAAUUAGAAAUUGUUAAGGAUUUCUAUAUAAAUUAAUUUCCUCAAGUGUAAGUAAAAGAGCCUUAUUAAGAUUUGAAGCCAUAAAUACCUGAAUGUAGAUUAGUUGAUGAUAAAUAAACAAUCAUUUGGCUUGUUGAUAGAAAAUGCCUUAAAUAUUAUCUUUGUUUUGAACCUAACUUUAUAACAUAUUAUGGAUAAUUAAAUAAAAAUUAUUAGAAACAUGGUAGAGGAAUAUUAUUUCAAACUAGUUGGAAUGAUUGUAAUCCUAAUUAUACAAUUUUAUAAGGAAAUUUUGAACAUGGUAAGAAGAAUGGAAUCAUGAUGAAAUUUAGUUCUCGUAGUCAAACUCUGUUACAUGGACUUGAAUACCUGGAUGAUGAAUUCAAAAAGUAAUUAGAUUUAGAUGAAAAUGGGAAAAUUAAAGUUCCUGAAAUUGUUAAAGUCGAAACCUAAGAUAAAAAAAUACCAAAGCUACCUAAAAGGAGAAUUGUAAUAAUGGAAGAUGGAGUUAUAAUAAAUAAUAAAGAUAUAACUGAGAAUGAUAGAUAAAGGACAUAAAAAUCAGAUACAUUUGUGAAAUUUAAUUAAUAGUUUAAUUCAAAUGAUGCAAAUAUACUAUAAAGCCGUGAUUAAUGGUUAAAUAGCUCUAUAAUAGAUGGUUUUGCGUUGGUUCUAUAUAAAAAACAUUAUAAAUAAGCUUAUAAAAGUAUCGACCCCAUUAAGAAUUUAAAUACAUUUGUAAUAGAUUCAACUUAUCUAACAUCUGCUGCGAUUGAUUACAAAUUAGUAACAUCUUUGAAAGCCUUAUGCUUUGAAUUUAAGGGAAUUACUAUCUUUGAUGUGUAUAAUAAUAUUGCUUUUAUUGUUAAUUCUAACAAUUCCCAUUGGUAUUUGGUUUUAGUGAAGAGAGAGAAAUAGUAAGGAGUUUAUUAAAUGAAAUUUCAUAUUUUAGAUUCAAUGUUAGGUCCACGUAAAAAAUAUAAACAUGUUUGUGAAAAGAUAUUCAAUUUAUUGAAAUUCCACCUAGAUUUAGAAGAUAAUUAUCGUUUUGGCUCUGAGAAUAACAUUAUUGUUGAAGAUGUUCAGUAAUAGAAGGAUGGAAGUUCUUGUGGGGAUCAUACAUGUUUUUUUUUGUAUUAAAUAUUCAAUGGAAAAAACUACAAAGAAAAAAAUAUAAAAUAAAUUGGAGAAAUGAGAGGAAUGAUAUAUAAUCUCAUAUUUGGUUAAAAGUGA